UGGGGGUCUGGUCUCCUCGCCCCUGUGAGCGAGGCCGACGGCCCGGGAGGCUCGGGCUGCACCGCGGCUUCACAAUCCUGCCCCGCUGAGCCAAAACAAAGAAGCGGCAGAGGCGCCCCCGCCCCACGCGCAGCCGGAGAGCGGGCGGGAGCCACGGCCGGCAGCCUCCCGAGCGGCCGGCAGCCGCGCACCAUGUGGAUCCAGGUCCGCACCAUAGACGGCACCGAGACCCAGACCAUCGACGACCUGAGCCGCCUCACCAAGAUAGAGUGUCUGCGGGAGAAAAUCCAGGAGAGCUUCCGAGUGAGCCCCGAGCGGCAGCGCCUCUUCUACCGGGGCAAGCAGCUGGAAGAUGGACAUACUUUAUUCGAUUACAAUGUUGGACUAAACGACAUCGUUCAGCUUUUGAUACGGACUGAGUCUGAUGCUCCUACCACUUCCUUGACUAAUAAGGACGGAGAAGUCAACCCGUGUGCUAUUGCCAACUGUAAGAACAAAGUCAAGAGAACAACAGGGAGUGGAUCGCCCAAUCAGCCAUCUACAUCUGCUCGGUCAUUUCUCAUUGAUCCUGGCAUUGGAUUGUAUAAGAUAAAUGAAUUGGUGGAUGCCCGUGAUGUCAGCAUUGGAGCCUGGUUUGAAGCUCACAUAGAAAAUGUAACCCGAGCAACAAAAGGACAUAAGAAUGGUAAAGCUCAAGCAAAAAGUGGCAAUACUUACAGAAGGACUAAUGGAAACUUAAGCCAAGAUCAUUCUAGAGAGAAUACAAAUAAUUUGGACAGUGCACCUUCAACAUCUUAUUCAGACUGUAUGGACACUGAUGAAGAUGCUAUUUAUCAUAUCAAGUAUGAUGAGUAUCCAGAGAAUGGUAUAGUAGAAAUGCGUGCCAAUAAUCUUCGACCACGAGCAAGAACCAUUUUGAAGUGGAGUGAACUCAAUGUGGGUGAUAUGGUGAUGGUUAACUACAAUGUAGAGACUCCAGAAGAGAGAGGAUUCUGGUUUGAUGCAGAAAUUACCUUUCUGAGGGAAAUCUCAAGGACUAACAAAGAAGUUCAUGCCAAAAUUCUUCUGGGAGGCCCGGAAGACACAAUAAAUGAUUGCAAAAUCCUUUUUAUAGAAGAAAUGUACAAGAUUGAAAAGCCAGGAGCUUAUCCACUGACAUUUGGGGAUGGAGAUUUCAAAAGAAAGAGUGGCCCUGAGUGCAAGCACUGUAGGGCAGACCCAGAUACGGAAUGUCGCUUUUGCUCCUGCUAUUUGUGUGGUGGAAAACAGGAUGCUCACAUGCAACUUCUGUGCGAUGAAUGUAAUAUGGCCUACCAUAUAUACUGCCUGAAUCCACCUUUAAGCAAGAUACCAGAAGAUGAGGACUGGUACUGUCCUUCCUGCAAAAAUGAUUCUAAUGAAGUUGUAAAAGCUGGGGAAAAGCUCAAGCAGAGUAAAAAGAAAGCAAAGAUGCCAUCUGCCAGUACUGAGAGUCAGCGAGACUGGGGCAAGGGUAUGGCUUGUGUUGGUCGUACUAAGGAAUGCACUAUUGUUCCUUCUAACCACUAUGGACCUAUACCUGGCAUUCCUGUUGGAACAACCUGGAAAUUCAGAGUUCAGGUGAGUGAAGCAGGCGUUCACAGACCCCAUGUUGGCGGAAUCCAUGGACGCAGUAAUGAUGGAGCUUAUUCACUUGUGCUGGCCGGAGGAUUUGAAGACGAAGUGGAUCGAGGCGAUGAAUUCACUUACACUGGGAGUGGUGGUAGAGAUCUUUCUGGAAAUAAAAGGAUUGGAGAACAUUCAUUUGAUCAAACAUUAACACACAUGAACAGGGCACUGGCCCUAAACUGUGAUGCUCCAUUGGAUGAUAAAAAUGGAGCAGAGUCUAAGAAUUGGAGAGCUGGUAAACCAGUUCGAGUGGUGCGCAGUUCCAAAGGACGAAGGAUCAGCAAAUACGCCCCUGAGGAAGGCAAUAGAUAUGAUGGCAUUUAUAAGGUGGUGAAAUAUUGGCCAGAAAUUGGAAAAUGUGGAUUCUUAGUUUGGCGUUACCUUCUGAGAAGAGAUGAUGUUGAACCUGCGCCUUGGACCUCAGAAGGAAUAGAACGGUCAAAGAAAUUGGGUCUGAAUGUACAGUAUCCAGAAGGUUAUCUGGAAGCCAUGGCUAGUAAAGAGAAGAAAGAUAAGGUUAAAAAGCAAACUGUGAAACAGGAGCCAACCAGACAGAGCAAUGGAAACCAGAAACGGUCAAUUGAUAAUGUAGGUAUAGAGGAGCCUAAAAACACAUCCAAAACCAUGAGAAUGGGAGAUGGAGGGAAAGGAGAGGCUUUUCAGCUAACCCAGCAACAGCAGUGGCUGAUAAGAGAAGACUGUCUGAACCAGAAACUGUGGGAUGAAGUACUUGCUUCACUUAAGGAAGGACCAAAUUUUCUGAAGAAACUGGAACAAUCCUUUAUGUGUGUCUGCUGCCAGGAGCUGGUUUACCAGCCAGUGACAACAGAGUGCCUCCAUAACGUCUGUAAAAGCUGUUUACAGCGCUCCUUCCGAGCUGAAGUCUUCACCUGCCCUGCCUGCCGCUAUGACCUUGGGAAGGGCUACACCAUGGUUCCCAACAAGAUACUGCAGACACUACUUGACCAGUUCUUCCCUGGGUACAGCAAAGGACGAUGAUAUGUUCAGCUCCUACCUGACUUCUCCCAGUGACUAUAGACAAUAAAGGAGAAUAAACAUGGGAAAUUCAACAGUGGACCAGCCAACUUGAUGGGACUCAACAUAUUGUCACAUUCUGAAGCAGCUCUCUUCCCCCUACAGCCAUCUCUUUUGUGUAGUGAGAACUCAAAUUCUCAGCUGUCUUUCACCAUCAAAGGUAGUCUUUGCCAGUUGACAACUAGUUUUUAAAACAGAAAAACAAAAGCCUCAGCUCUGACUGGUCAGCUGUAGCUGAUGCUUAAAUUAUGUUGGUUUUUUGUAACUACCUCAGGACAGAGGAAGAUAAUUUGUGGGGAUUAAAAGAAGUUCAGUGAAGUUUUAGCUACACACUGCCUCCUGAAUAUUAGUUGUGCCUGGUCCAGGCAGUUUGAUUUACAAAACAAAACAAAACAAAAAAGCAGCACUUAAACCAGUUUGAUUAAAGAACAAAAAAUUCUGUGGUGUGCAUAAUCCUUUUUUCUUUUUUCCCCAUUAUGCUGCAUUUUUUCUUUUUUUUCUUUUUUGCAAGAACAGGCUGAUUUUUAGUCUAUUUUUGUGAGCUUCAUUGUGCUUUUUCUUGUAUCUUAUGCAAGUUGACUACUAAUGACUAAUGAGAACAAUAUGAAUGCAUUGUUGCUACAUUAGUGUAAAGUGAUCUGUGUUUUUUGCACUUAAGGAGGGUAUUCAAGACACUCUAGUUGUGUAAAAAAAAGAAUUCAUAUGAAACAAGCCACUUUUGUAUUAGUUAAAACUGUAUGCUUUUAGUAGGACUUGUAUCAGUGGCAAUACAUCUACUCAGCAUUGAAGGCAGUGCUAGCUUGGAGACAGUUCAAAUCGCUUCAUAUUGUGAUCUGAAAUUUUAUAUACAGUAUAUUCCCCCAAAAUAUACAUUAAAUAUUUUAUGAUUCAGAAAAAGUUGCUAAUUAUUGUUGCUUUGUAUUGUAACAACCAUGUAGCCUAAAUCAUAUUUAACAAACAAGUACUUUUUUGUAGUAAAUGUUUUCUUGAGGUGGGCUUUUUAUACUUAAAACGGGGUAUUAUAUGAACUUGCAUUUCAGAUGUUGGUAACGAGAACAAAUGAAUAGUCACAGUCUGCUUUAAGGACAGAAGAACUUAAUCCAUUGUUGGUAGGUUUAACAGAUAUCUAAUGGUCUCAAAAUGUAAUCUAAGGUUUGCUCUAGUGGGAAGUUUUCACUCUUAGAGAUACGUUUCAGACCAAGGAUUUAAAAUAAACCCAAACCCUACUUUGA